CAAUACUUAUUACAAUGUUUGAGUCGAGGAUAGUGGGAAGGACUAGCCGAACAUUACAAUAAUACAGACAUCAUGCUUAAAGCACUCACAAACAUGCAACUACUCUAAAUAGACAUUAUUAGCUCUAGUUUCUACACACAGUGUUUCAAGCAGUUUAUUUACUUUAUUGAACUUGCUGCAUUUGCCUGGAUGAUAAUUUACAAUUUGCAAAAACAUCUUAAACUGUGAGAAAAGAGAAGUUCUAAAGUUUUGUGAAUUUGAAUUUAUGGUGGAUGGAUCUUUAUAAACUCCAGGAUUAUGCAGCAUCGCAAAUAAAACUGAAUUAAAUACAUGUAGCAAUAGCUGGAUUUCUUCCGAAAGAAUUACAGGAGACUAUACAGUAGUAAAUACUGGCAUUACUGGCGACAAAUUCAUUUAAAGUUACAGCUAUAUUUCUUUGUGAACACUUUGUGUAUUAUGAUCUAAUUCACUUUGACCAAGUGAAUCUACAAACUGAUCAUUGAGAUAAUCCUUGGUGCCCACCAGUCACUGAAAAACUUGCAGAGGCUUGAGAUUCAGAUUGUGAAUUAUUAUAUCAUCCUUUACAUGAGAACAAGACAAACCAACUGUCAAGUAAAUAAGUAAAAAUACUAACUUACAUCUGAAAGUCCCAGGUUUUAGCAGAUAGAAGACCAGAAUACAAACUUUAUACUUUUUCGUACACAAGGACCACCAAUUCAUGUGACAGUAUUUUAUAGUGUAUCGACAAAAAAACCAAAUCAACUAAAAAUCAACCAGAAUCCACUAGGGUUUUCUGAAGACUAUUUGUGGAUUUACUGACCUUCUUCUCAAACUCUGUAUCAAACUGGAGCUUUACGUAAACUCUGCCGAAAUGACUCGACAAUAUUUUGAGUUAUAUCCCCUGAAUUUCUUCCCGUUUCUGGUUCCACCAUUAAAAAACUGUUUAACUCCGCAUCCAGCAUGUGACAUCGGACUGGAUCAUUCAAACACCACUGCUUACUGGAUGGAAAUAAGUGACUACUUUUGUUUCCUUGCUCUUCCAGUCAUCCUGGUUUUCGCUCUUGUAACAGAGAUUAUUUGUGUGAUUGUCUUAGCAAGACAGAUUCGGAUGUCAUUAGAUACAUAUUUAUUAGGCUUAUCGAUAUCUAUCAUUUUAUUAAUCACAACAACCGUAAUACUUGGAUUACAGCAUUAUAUUGGGCGUAAUGAUAUCAUCGUUUAUAUGCAGGGUUACGCAAUAAGUUGUCGUGAUUGGUUCUGGUAUACUUCAAUUUGGCUGGUUGUUAUGAUGAGUUUUGAACGCGCUUUAACUGUGUCUUCUUCGACAACAACCGUUCUUUGUACAAGUGCACAAGCUGGCGUUGUCGUGGUGAUGGUAUUUUGUGUUGGCUUAGUCAGUGCCUUGCCACGAUUCUGGGAAUAUCAGCCAUUUGAGGAAUUCUAUGUGGCUACAAACCAAACUGUUUUAUUAUCUAAAAAAACAGCAUCCACCAUGACAGUUGAAUAUAACACAAUGUACUUCUGGUAUGUGAAAAUAGUCACAUUGUUUUUACCUUUUGUAAUGUUUCUCGCAAUUUCUAUCACGCUGAGUUGCAAAACGAGACAAUCGACCCUCUCUAAACGUUACGCUACUGUCAAACACACCAACGCCUUAACAUUAAAUCGGAAAAUAAAAGAGGAAGUAACUCUGUCUAAACUGUUGAUACUAUUAAUAGUAACUUAUGUAAUAUUCAGUACACCGCUAUGUUUAUUAGAUCUACUGUCAUACAUGACACCACAUUGGAUCAGUCCAACAAGUCGAAUGUUUGCUAGUUUAUAUAAUCUGUUCACUGUGUUGUUUUUUCUACAAUACGCCUUACAACUGAUUAUAUAUUUCUGUUACAACAAACAAUUCAGAUUAACUUUAUUAGGUUUAUGUUGCUGCUGUUGUUAGGGUGCUCGCUCAAAAGACAAAGCAUAACAAAAUACAGACAGAACAAACAUACAGACAGAUGUAACAAAAUUACAAACGAGUGUAAAACGUGUCAUCGCGAAUUAAAAAAAAGAAGAAAGUGGUCAGAAAACAUCCAUACCACAGAUAAUCCCUGUGGAAAGUUGAGUAAGAUGUUCGAGAAAGAGCAAUAAUUUGUACAGGAAAUACGAAUACAUUCCAAGUUGAAUCGGACAAAUCGGAUGAGGAAUCUAGACAAGAGAAGCCUGCUUGUAGUGAAAACAGAUUGUAAUCUUUCACCAUAUAAAAUCUGAUGAAACACAUAAAAUCCAAUGAAAUCAACUACUUUAAUUUUUACCCAAAUCAAAGUGGUCUAGCUUGCCAUCUUAACAGCAUUAAUGUACAGUCAAAUGGCUUUUUUUACCAUAGGUCAAACUAUAGAGUUAAAGUUUUCAAAUGAUCAGAAUACAGUGCUCACACAUUUCAAGUUCAAGUUCACAUAGUUUUUUAAAGUUAUUCGAACUGAUUUUUUAGUUUGUUAUUACUAAUGAAAUUUUAUCAGUCCUUUGGUAUCACCUAUGAAAUAUUUAAUAAUAGUAUUAAUUUAAACGAAAUGAACUAAUAAUAUUGAAAAAUAAACAGAUAAUGGAAAAUAUAUUCAUUUGAACGAAUUACAAUUUUCUAGUUUCGUGAAAAUACCCUGUCCACAAAUUUAUCUGCUGAACUGAAUCGAUCAAUGGAACAAUGACUUAAUAUUUGAACAGUAAAAUUAGCAGUCGAUGCGACCACGAGAACAGACUGAGGAAAUAUUCAAAGUGCAGUGAUUGUGAAUGCACAGAAAAGCAAUAUGACAAUUGAGCGGAAGGGUUAAAAGAGUCUACCAACAUUGCAUUCCAUUGCAUUGGUUUAAAGACAUUUCUUAUAAAGUAUGUUCAGUAAUGAGCAGAUUGUGAUUGGGCAACUGGACUCAACCUAUCAAUGAAAAAUGACACUGAAAAUUAUGUAAAAUCUUUUGAAAAUCUUUUGAUUAACGGAACAUUCAAUUGGCUUUCGAAUUAAAGACAUUGCUAUGAUUUUGUCACAUGUCGAGAAGGUGCUUUUCUUAAAAAUGUCUUUUGACAUUAUAAUGAAAUGACCAACUGAAUACAUGGGAUAAAAUUAACAUCUAGUCUUAAUUAGAUGUGGAUAUAAGCAAGCUACAGUAUGUGUUGUUUGUGUAUUGUUCUGAUGCAUUGUACCAAUCUGUGUCCAUGAUGAUAGACCAGUAUCUCAAGUUUACUAAUUCCUAAAAAAAUAAGAGAAUUUGGGAAUUCACAAAUGUUUUGUGAGGUUCUAAAUAAAAUAAAAAUAAACUAAAGUAAAAAAGGCAUUUUACACUCUGGUUGCCUUGGGUAUAUGUAUAUCAUAUAUUUUUUGUGAUUUACUUCAAUAGAAAAAAAACAACCCAAACACCUAUUUUGAAUCUAGCAUAGACAUGCUGGAUUGACAUUUGGAAACGCCAAGCUGAGUGAGUACAUCUUGAUAAUGUAUAUGACAUGUAGAUGAUAUUAAUUUCAAACUUUUGAAUUUUCUGUUUUCUGGGAUUUUGAAAUACACUACAGGUUACAUUUACCUGUAAAUAUUGAAUUUUCAACAUUCCAGUGAUUUAAAUUGUAAGCUUGUGCCUGUCUUUCAUUUAAAGUAGCAAUAUUGUUUUAAAUUUAUAAAAACUAACCAUGUCCAGUUUAACCAUGUUAUAUUACGAUUAUCUACAAACUUGAUGAAACUGACAAACAUCCACAUUUCUCAAAUACAAUGUUUGAAAAAUCUAAUAAUUCCUAAAUUGGUAUGUUAUCAAAAUAACUUAUGUUUACAGUAAAUGAUACUAUCGAGUAAUACAUAAUAGAUAUUAUUCAAGAAUAAAAUAUACAUAAUUGACAAUUAGCAGGAUUAAAGCCUGAUUAAUGACAAUAAAUUAUUCUGGCUUGCAUAGAUGUAUUGCUGCCUUAAUUAACUAGGUAAAGCCCCAACUAUAGAUAUCAGGUUUAAGACAUACACACUCAAAAUCUAUCAAUUCUAACUUUAAGUUAUGUCCAUCUAAAGCAUACAUUGAUUCGUACUGCUUUCAUAUUAUCAUCUUUAUCUUUAUGUGUCUUAGACUUAGACAAACAUAGUAAUAAUAAUGUUUCUUUUUUUGUACACGGUACAAACAGGCUUAUUCUUCUUGGAUAUGUUUAAUUACGUAAUAAUAACCGUUUUAACAUUAAAAAAAUAGUAUAUUUUUGACUUUCAAUGUGUGAACGAUCUGGCUUGAUGUAUGUUUAAGUGAUAGGAUUAGAAUCAUGUGUAAAUAGUUAUUGUAUACUAAUCUAUUGCCAUUAUAAGCAGAUCUGUAGAAGAAGAAGGAUUUAUAUGAUCAUAUAGCUCUUUACUAAAAUGUAAUAUUACCAUAUAAUAGAAUCUUCCCUUCUCAAGUCAGUUUUUUAUAUUCUUUACACCUUAUCUUUGAUAUGUUAAAUCAAAUAAUUGGACAAGAACCAAUGAAAUAUUGAUUAACUAAAGAUUAUUUUUGUAUAUCAUUUUCAUUUUGGCAUUUUCAGAAAAAAAACCAGUCUGAUUUUCCUAAUAAUCUGUCCUGAUAUUCAUCACAUGUAGGAAAGAUGACAACUAAGUAAAGUAUUACAGAACCAUUGUACUAUAAAUACCUUUUAGUUGAGAUCUAAAUACUGGUAGAUUGUGUGUUUUAAAUAGUUUGGCAGGUGUAAUGUAUAAGGCACAGUAUGCUUACUCUUCUGUAACAUCCAAUACUACUUUGGUUUUAGGGUAGUUUGGUAUAGUUCUAUUAGGAAUCCCACAUAUUGUCCAAUCUGAUUAAAAUACAAAUACAGAUCUAUAUUUCGUUUCGUUUUUUUUUAUACUUUCGAUGGCCUACACUACAUGGAGAUCUGACCAGUUGUACUGGGAGGUCGCGUCAGGGGUCAUACAAGCAGCUUUUGCUCAAAGUAUGUAUGUAUUUGAUUAGGAGGAUCUGUUACCAACUGUAAUUGAAUUAUAAGUUAAUUUCAGACAAUCUUGGAAUAUUUAUCAAAUAUUCUUUUUAUCCAUACAUUUAUGUCUAUCAAAUAGAUUUUCUGUUUUCGCAAGGAAUGGAGCUAAAUUCUGUAACUAGAAAAUAAUCUCUAAUCAAAUCUGACCUUUCACAAUACAAAAGUAUCCUAAAGAACUUCAUAAGAACGGUCAAUUACGUCUGCUCUGCUAGUGUAUAAAUAGAUGAUAAGACCACAGAACCAAAAUACUGUUAUUAUAAAAGCUGUCGGCAAUUAUUGCUAAAAGGGGAAAAACAAAAUAAUGAAAUGGACAGUGAAUAUUCUAUGGAACAAAAUAACUUUAGUAUUCUAUCUAUAGUGCUACACAAAUGUCUGUCAUUUGUUACCAAUAAUGGUAGAGUGGUAGAGAAUGUACGUCUGGAAAGGAGAAAGUCAAUUUCUUAAUAGAAUCCCUGCCCUAAUUAAACAGUAGCCUAUACCAAGUCGCUUCAAUUUAGUAUGUUAUACCUCUAGGCAGCCAUUUUCAGUAAUUACAUUCCGUUCUUUAUCAUAUUGUUUAAUAUUUCAUAAUCUGCAUAUACAUGUAACUGCUUUUUAAUUUGUAAGUUUCACAUGAUUUUUUAUAUACAAUAUGUAAAUGUUUGGAAUGGAAUAAAUGUAAUUCUUCAAUUCAUUA